AUGAGCUUUCUGGGUGGAGGUCUUCAGUUGUCGGGACAAGCUUUCUAUGUGGGAGAUGAUGGAACACAUCAGCUAAUUCCUCAGGGGCGAGGUCCUCUGUUUGGAGGCCUCCAUACUCUCUUUGACUAUACCAGGCCUUGGUGUGAGCUGUGCAAGGUCCUUUUCAACGUGGGAGAUUCAAUGGUCGAAUUGAAACCAGAUGGCUCUGUGUCCACCCUGUGUCCGUUGGAUAAUGUGCCAUUAAAGUUUGACGACUUUAAUAAAAACCGAAAAGGUUGGGUCCCAAGUGUGCAAGACACACUGCCUUCUCCUUGGGCUCACGCCUGCCACCCUGAGUGUGUCGGAGAGAGAUUCGAGGCAGAUGUGCUUUGGUCAGCUCUGGACAAGGUUGCCUUUCGUUAUGCGCCAACCAUGGCAGAGUUCGGGCGCCGUCUGAAUUGGCUGCAUAGGGAGUUGACCAAUGACCUGAAACGUAGCAAUAAUACGCUCUCAUACGAGGUGUGGCAUCAUACUGCUGGAUAUUGCCUCCCUGCGCUCAUCUCAGCCCACUCUAUGUCGACAGCGCGGUAUAACGACCCCAAGGAAACCUCCUUUCGAGUGGAUGGUGACAUUUGGGCUCGUCUUGUCAAGUUCGAGGGCAAGGAGUACAUCGCGUGCCUGAUGAACACUGCCCCUCCUCCCCCUGAAGACCAAGCCAGCAGGGUUGUCAAGCUGCGGAAACCGGAGGGAACAAUCAAGGCCCUCUACGUCGCCUUCGACUAUUUGGGCAUCCGACAACUCGCUUUCGGCGUGGAUCAAGAGCCGCCUAGCAUCUCUCCACAGGAAGGCCUUUGGUGGGUUACCAUGGUGGUUGAUGGCGACACUUUUACUUGCCAGAGCGAUGGCAUGAAACUGCGUCAAAUGAAGCCGGCUGCGUGUGAAGAGUUCCCCACGUGGGAGCAAUGCUGGGCUACGCCCCAGCCACAGGACAAUCUUCCAUGCUUGUAUCCUAUUAAGACGGGGGACCCUUCGAUGCUCCGCAUCAAGUUCGCCGAAUGCAAUUUGCCAUCCAUCACUGGCUAUUCUGUGCGGUGGACUUCUAACCUGUCCUCGUUCCAUGCCCACGUCAAGGGAGAAGAGGACUUUGCCUUCUAUGAUGAAUUGAAGAGGACGACUCAACGUGCCGUCUGGGUUUACAUGCCCAUGGAUCAAGGCGAGUUGAUCGAGCAGUUCUGGUUGCGGACUGACCCAGGGGAUGGCCACCGCUCCACUGCCCUUAUUAUGAAGACAGACCGGGGUCGCGUAUGGGAAGCCGGACCAAGGCCCAAGCCCUUUAUGGACCGCCCCAAUACCUGGGAUUCUAUGAGCGAAUCCACGGAGAGGCAGCGGUUCUUCUUCAAUCAGUCCUAUCUGGGUAUCUCGACGCUUGGUUUCCAGAGUCCUUCGCCAGAUUUGUCCUCUGUGCCUGCCGUACCUCCGCCCAAAUCGGCACCUGACAGACAGCUGGAUUCUGAGCAGUGCUUUUAUUCAUCUGCACCUCUGGAUGGCGUGACCUCGAUAGAAGUUUGUAAGAAGAAGAAGGCGAGGAACGAAGGGAGUGCACCGAACAUCACCGGCCUGCUCUUCUCCUAUCAAGAUGGCCGCCAAAGAAGUGUCGGGCAUGUCCGGCUUGACUGGCUACAAGGGCCAACUGAAAUCGGUGCCUCAAGAGGCAUAGCAUUCAAGCUUUCCAGGGAUAGGCGCGAGGUUGUCGACCUAAAACUCGCUGAUCAUGCAGCCGACGAGGGCGGGGAGUUUAUCCCUUGG